CGACCUCUCUCUCUCUCUCUCCUUCCAGAGCGAACCCCGGCACCUGAUCACAACUCGUCACUCCCUCUAUUGCUCUCUGCAUGCGCUGUCAGUGCGAUCGAGGCCGCAUCGUACCACCCUUUUUGGUCCAGGGGUGUCGGAUGGUUCUGGGACAGAGUAGAGUAUAUAGAGCUGGGCCUUUCUGAACCGUUGUACAAACAUUUCGCCUCCCCUUCUCUACCAUAAAUCAACAAACCAUCCGAAUCAGCUAACACUCCAACUCACUCUAUCACCAACACUUCAUCUAAUAUGCGAACUUCUGCCGCUGCUGCUCUCGCCAUUGCCUUUGGCGCCGCCAACGUUGUUGCUUCUCCUGUCACCAAGAGGCAGAACACCACCGCCUCUUCCAUCGAUGACACCACCAUCUUGAACUAUGCUCUCACCUUGGAGCACCUCGAGAACGCCUUCUACCGAGACGCUCUCGCCCAGUUCGAUGCUGCUGCCUUCGAGUCGGCCGGUUUCCCCGCUUGGGUCCGAGGUCGAUUCUCUCAGAUCGCCGAGCACGAGGCUUCGCACGUCGCCGUCCUCUCGGGCGCUUUGGGUGAUGCCGCCGUCCAGGCCUGCGAGUACACCUUCCCUUACACCGACCCCAAGAGCUUUGCCGCUUUGUCUGCGGUCAUCGAGAACGUCGGAGUCUCUGCCUACGUCGGUGCCGCCGCCUCGAUCAUGGACAAGACCUACUUGACCGUCGCCGGUUCCAUCUUGACCACCGAAGCCCGUCAUCAGGCUUGGGUUUCGUCGGCCGUCAACCAGGCCGAGCCUUGGUCCGGACCUUACGACACCCCUGUCGCCUUCUCCCCCGUUUACUCGGUGGCCGCCCAGUUCAUCAAGAACGGCUCGUGCCCCGCUAGCAACGGUGCCCUCCCCUUCACCGCUUUCCCCGCCUUGACCUACAUGGACGGAAAGGUCGCCUUCGAGGGACUUUCGGGUCAGAACCAAUACGUCGUCCUGUACCAGGGAUUGAACAUUGCCACCUACCCGAUUGGUGCCGAUGGUAGCGUCUCUCUCCCCGAGACUCAGGGAAUCGCCUACAUUACCGUUUCGACCGAGAAGAACGCCACUCUUACUGGAGACGACAACAUCAUCGCCGGCCCCGCCGUUGUUGCCAACCCCUUCGAUGCAUACGCUUCGAACCCGGCUCCUACCUUCACCUCGGCUUAAGUCUGCAUGCAGUCAUCCAAGGCUGUCUCCCUUGCGGAUUUCCGUUCGUUAUAAAGGACUUUGAUCAUAAUUUACGUAGUCCCGCUGUGAAGAAAAAGUUCACCUUGUCAUAAUUCCCAGUAAUAUGAACCGAAGUCGAAAAUGUUUGAUACCCACAAUUUGAG